CGAAGGCCAGCAGAGCAGGGGAAUUCCAAGGCGGGCCAGACUCCUCCCCUUUCUACUUUCCCCCUCCUGCUGUUAGAUCAGAGAGGAAGAAGCGGGCAAGAGUGCUGGCUGUAGGGCUGGCCCAGUGGGCGAUGUGGGCCUGGCCAGCCGGCCAUGAGUAGCCCUAGCCUGAAGCAGCUGCCUCAAGCACCACCAGGCCAGAAGGAGAAGGGGAUGUUGGCUCCCCCACUAGGUGCUGCCCGUCCAGCUUCCAGUUUGUCCAUGAUGCAGCCAAAUGUAGAGCCCUCAGAAGAACUAGACAUUAUUGAUGAACUGAUCAAAGAAGAUGGCUUCGAGGUUGGCUCUGUGCCGCGUCCCACCAGGGUCUCAUGUACUGAACCAGCCAGACUCAUCUCCCGAUGCCCCAGCUCGGUUUCACCAACUACGAUGCAGGAAUUGCCGGGACCUGCAGGGAUGAGCCUCUUACGCUUGGACUCUUUUGGCACUCCUUCCCCGACCCCUUCUUGCUUUCCACCAGAUCGUUCAGCGUCCCAGCUUUCCCAGAACCUUACCAACUUGACGUUGAGGCCAGAGAUGAACUCAUCCCUAUUUUUGCAACGCAGCAGCAGGGUAUCGGAUGGUUGUUGGUCUCCUCCUGCUUCUUCUAGGCUUCCCAUGAAGCCCCAAAAGCAACUGGAGGAAAACUAUUCAGAGCCGCUCAAACUUGUGAUCACAGAGCAGCCCAAGCAGAGAGGGAUGCGCUUCCGAUACCAGUGUGAAGGCAGGUCGGCGGGAAGCAUCUUGGGCGAAGCUAGCACGGAAACCAACAAAACUCUGCCCACCAUUGAGCUUCAGAACUACUUGGGGAUCUCAGAAGUGAAAGUGACGGCCUGCUUGGUGUGGAAGGACUGGCCUUACCGAAUCCACCCCCACAGCUUAGUUGGGAAAGACUGUCACAACGGCCUCUGCGAAGUGACACUGAAGCCUCGCAUCAACCCCAAGCACAGUUUCAACAACCUUGGGAUCCAGUGUGUGAAGAAGAAGGACAUUGAAGAAUCCAUAGAGAAAAAGCUGCAGCUUGGAAUUGAUCCAUUCAAAGCCGGCUCAUUAAAAAACCACCAGGAGGUUGACAUGAACGUGGUCAGGAUUUGCUUUCUGGCUUCCUACCAGGACUGCACAGGGAAGACGCGGCACCUCAACCCUGUUCUUUCCGAACCCAUCUUUGACAAGAAAUCCACAAAUACUUCAGAGCUGAAAAUCUACCGGAUGAAUAAAGAGUAUGGGGCCUGCAGUGGUGGAGAGGAGUUCUAUUUGUUGUGUGAUAAGGUUCAGAAAGAAGAUAUUUCCAUCAUCUUCCGGAAGGAUACGUGGGAGGGCAAAGCAGACUUUUCCCAAGCUGAUGUCCACCGACAGAUUGCCAUCGUCUUUAAGACACCACCGUACCAGCACCUCGACAUUACAGAACCGGUGGAGGUGGAAGUGUACUUACGGCGCCUGACGGACAGUGUCUCCAGUGACCCUUUCAGUUUCACUUACUUGCCCAAAGACCAGGAUACUUAUCGGGUCAACAAAAAAAGGAAGCAAGGCAUGCCUGAUGUGUUGGAGGAACUCUCUGGCCCAGACCCUCAUGGGAUCGAAGCUAAGAGGAAGAAGAAGAAGCCAGGGUACAUGGACCAUUUCAACUUGAUUCCAUCUGCAGCUGGCUUCCCGUCGGGUUCUGAAGACCAGAAUUUCCUGAUCAGCUUGGAUCACAUCUCUGUGCCAGACAUGCUAGAGGACUUCAGAUUGCCUCCUGACUUCCCUUCCAUCGUUGGUCCCAGCCUGAGUGAUGUCCUGCUACCAUCUCCCAUGGACUUCCCUGAUAUGUCGGAGCAGGAGUUCUUGCUGGAUGCUUAUUCCGUCCAUUCGGGUGUCUCUGUCCCCUUGACUUUGCCUGGGGAUUGUGAUACAGAGGGCACCGCCAGCCUCGUGGGCAGCAGCAUGUUUCCAAGCCAGUACAAAGAGGCCGAGGCACAGCUGGAAAUGGAGACCAACCUCACGGCGGCAGACAGUGCUGGAACUUUAUGAAGGAACUAUGCAUCCCGGGCUCUGGGAGAAGAAGCCCCUCUCUCAGAGUUGAAGCAUGCCUGUGAAACCCCCUGAUCAGUGGAGAUAUCUUCCCUGCUGAAAUACAGGAAAUGUUUCCUUCUGGGAAAGGGAAAUGGGAAAUGAAUGGAAGGAAAAAUUGCACUAAUAGUUCAUAGUAGAUGAGACAGUAGUCUCAGGACAUGGCCCAUAACAUCCAACGGUUGUGUUCCCUCACUUAUCGCGGGUAUUCCAUUCCAGGACCACCCGCGAUAAGUGAAAAUCCAUGAAGUAGGAACUGCCCCUUCCCUCUCUCUCUCUCACUCACUCCAGCUGCUUCUGCAGAAGUCUCCGGAGCGGAUAGUCCUGGUGGAGGAGGCUCCUCGUCACCGCCUGGGCCUAUGCCGCCUCCGUUGCCCGUCGAAGG